GGAGGAUACACUCCAACUUUGGGCUGCUCGCGAUCGGACAAACUCAGCUCGACACCCCUGAGGAUUCUACUUGCCUCUCGAGUGGUAUCCAGUACCUUCCCAAAGAAGGAUAAUACCAAUCAAGGACGAGUUCACUAGUGAUGAGCAAUAUUGAGAAGUAUGCUCCGAUGCUACCAAGCAAAAUCUAUAAUUGUACAUGGCUUCUUGAUCGUUCGAACUUCCAUCCCGUCAGUACUACCGUGUCGUAGACUUAGGAAAAUCUAGUGAUAACAUGCCUCCACCCCUCAAUCACCCGAGUUUGGAACUUGAGCUACUGGCUCAGACCUUCUUCGUUAAGCAGUUCCCAGUAGAUGCAGGCGUUCCAGCUGCAAUUGCGAGCGGGCUGAACGCUGCUCAACAAACUCCAGGGGUCUUCUCCAUCACCAGAACAGGAGAAGAGAUUUCUGUUGUUGGUGAAGCUGUUGAUGACGACGGCGAAUGGAAAUGCAUCAAGAUAGCAGGGCCCAUGGAAUUUGGGUUGACUGGCGUGAUCUGUAAUUUCACGACGCCGCUGAAAGAUGCUAAUGUUCCGGUGUUCGCAGUUUCGACAUGGAAUACCGAUUAUGUUCUGGUCCCCAAAGAGAAGGCCGACGCUGCUGUUGCAGCACUAACGAAGGGUGGUUGGAGGUUCCGAGAAAAUUCUGCAGCUCCAAGAGAUGCAUAGUCUAGGCAUAUUGUAGGCAGAAGACGAUGGUUAACGCGAGAUUUGCAUAAAAACAUAAAGUGUGGACUGUAAU